AUGAACUUGGUCGCGACGAAUGAUAUGGAUGAGAUCUAUGAGGAUCCUGAGUAUGGUGAGAUGGGAGAACUGGAGGAGUUAUUGACUAAGGUUGAUAAGAGCGAGGACACGGAUGAUACGGGAGCGAGUGUGGAGGCAGCAGUGAAGCAGGAAGAGGAGAUAGUGAUCACGGAUGCAGCAGCAGUAAACGGUGGAGAUGGAGACGAUGUCAACACUUUUGCAGCAGCGAUCGUGGUUGAAGAUGAAGCAGUAAAUGCGAAGUAUGUGGGAGUUGAAGCUGUGAAAGGGGACAUCAUGGUGAAAGGAUCAAAGGCGAAUGCAACUGCAAAGGGGCAAGUGCUUAAGGAGGAUGAACGCGUUGAAGGGUACGAGACCCGAGAGGUGUUGGGUGUAAAGAUGCCGAGGAGAAGCGAGAGGCAUAAGAAAAUCUCUCACGGUUUGGAUGUCAAGGCGCUCAACUACAAGACACAUAAGCAGAGGUUCAAGGUGCAGGAGCUGCAGGGGAGCGGGGGGAGGGAGCAGGAGCGCGGCAGGCAUGGGAAGGGGGGGAAGGGGGGUGCGCUUACUGGCGGCAGGCGUGGGCGGCGGGAAGAGCAGCAACUGGACUGCCUUGACGAACGCGAGGGCGGAUUUCACGGCGCGCUGCUUCGCCACCUCGACGCUAAACGCCGCCUCUGCUCCGGGAAGUGUCGAGGAGAGUAA